AUUCAGCCGCCCUUCCCGCAGCUGCCAGGCUGGGAACGGGCGGUGUCCGUGGGGCCGCCCCGUUUCCCGGCCGCGCAAACAAGCGGCUCCUUCUCUCUGCCCCGCCAAAGAAAGACCGCUUGUCAGGGGCGGGCGGGCGGCAGCGGCAGGCUCCCAACACUGCGGCCUUGUCCUACGCGGGCGGCCUGGGCAGGAGCAGGCCGAGGGGUGCAAGGGGCCGCUACCUUGCGGAAACCUCCCUCCCUCGGCCCUGCGGACCGCGGAGAGGCACCUUUCCACCACCGGACACCCAAGCAACAGCCCCGGCUCCAUCCGCGCUCUCCCGACUCCCCCUCUCCUCGGGCCGCCCACCUCUCCUCUCUCCCGCCUUUGGGGUCCCGGUCGGCCCCAGCUUCCCUCUCCUUCACCCCAUCUCCCCGCCCGUCAGCCUCCCCUCCGCUGCCCUCGCGCAUCCCCAGUCUUCCUGUCUGUCGUCCCCUCCACUUGAAGACCCGCCUGUCCUUUCUCCCCCGACCCCUCCACCUCUGUGUUCUUCAGUCUCCCUGCAUCCUCUGCCCUCGGUCUUCCCCUCCCCAACUUGCAUUUUUUCCCAUCCCUUAGUCUGCCUUUCAUUUUCCCCUCCACAUCCCGGUGGCUCCCCUUCCCCGCCCAGUCCCUCUGCACACCCCCAUUCAUCUCUGUCAGGUUCAUCCUUAAGUUCUCUCGUCCCCCUCCCGACUCGGGCGUCCCCCGCUGGGCUCCCCGCCUCAGUUUCCUUCCCUUCCUGACUCCUUCCUCUGCCGGCGGCCCUUUCUCGAGGACGGAUGUGCGCCUGGAGGGCGAAGGCGGCGGCCGAGAGGACCCCAGCUCGGCCUGGGGGGCCUCUGGCCACAGCCAUGCACCGCUCGGGCCGAGGCCGAGGCCGACCCCCAGGGACACAGGAGCUCUGGAGCCUUAGGACCAUGGACACUCUCAAUAGGAACCAAAUAGGCCCUGGAUGCAAGACCCAGACCAUGGUGCAGAAAGGACCCUUGGACCUGAUCGAGACAGGCAAAGGGCUGAAAGUGCAAACGGACAAACCCCACCUGGUGAGCCUGGGCAGUGGGCGACUCAGCACAGCCAUCACCCUCCUGCCGCUGGAGGAAGGGAGGACGGUGAUUGGCUCUGCAGCCAGAGACAUCUCACUACAGGGCCCAGGCCUGGCUCCAGAGCACUGCUACAUCGAGAACCUGCGGGGCACCCUCACCCUCUACCCCUGUGGCAAUGCCUGCACUAUUGAUGGGCUCCCUGUCCGGCAGCCUACCCGGCUCACUCAGGGCUGCAUGUUGUGCCUGGGUCAGUCCACCUUCCUUCGCUUUAACCACCCGGCUGAAGCCAAGUGGAUGAAAAGCAUGAUUCCAGCAGGGGGCCGAGCCCCUGGGCCCCCAUACAGCCCUGUUCCUGCAGAAUCAGAAAGUCUGGUAAAUGGGAACCACACCCCACAGACUGCAACACGGGGACCCUCCGCCUGUGCCAGCCACAGUUCCCUGGUGAGCUCUAUUGAGAAGGACCUGCAAGAGAUCAUGGACUCACUGGUGCUAGAGGAGCCUGGAGCUGCUGGCAAGAAGCCUGCCGCAACCUCUCCACUGUCGCCAAUGGCUAAUGGUGGGCGCUACUUGCUGUCUCCCCCAACCAGCCCCGGUGCCAUGUCUGUGGGCUCCAGCUAUGAGAACACCUCUCCAGCCUUCUCUCCACUCUCUUCACCAGCCAGCAGUGGAAGCUGUGCCAGUCACUCACCCAGUGGGCAAGAGCCAGGACCUUCUGUGCCCCCGCUGGUACCUGCCCGUUCCUCCAGCUACCAUCUGGCCCUGCAGCCCCCACAGUCCCGCCCAAGUGGUGCUCGCUCCGAGAGUCCUCGGCUGAGCAGGAAAGGGGGCCAUGAGAGGCCUCCCAGCCCUGGCCUCCGGGGUCUGCUGACAGACAGCCCUGCAGCUACUGUCUUGGCGGAGGCCCGGAGAGCCACUGAGAGCCCCCGGCUGGGUGGGCAGCUGCCUGUGGUGGCCAUCAGCCUGAGUGAAUACCCAGCUUCUGGUGCUCUCAGUCAACCCACCAGCAUUCCUGGCAGCCCCAAGUUUCAGCCUCCAGUCCCUGCUCCCCGAAACAAGAUUGGCACACUCCAGGACCGCCCUCCCAGCCCUUUCCGUGAGCCUCCAGGCAGUGAGCGGGUGCUAACAACCAGCCCCUCACGCCAACUGGUGGGCCGAACAUUUUCAGAUGGGUUAGCCACCCGUACCCUGCAGCCUCCUGAGAGUCCCCGCCUGGGCCGGCGGGGCCUGGACAGUAUGCGAGAACUACCCCCCUUAAGUCCGUCUCUGUCCCGGCGAGCUCUCUCCCCGCUGCCCACCCGGACCACCCCAGAUCCCAAGCUAAGCAGGGAAGUGGCAGAGAGUCCUCGGCCCCGGCGCUGGGCAGCCCAUGGGGCUUCACCAGAGGACUUUUCCCUGACGCUGGGGGCACGGGGCCGUAGGACACGGAGCCCCUCACCCACACUGGGUGAGUCUCUGGCACCCCAGAAGGGCAGCUUCAGUGGCAGGCUGAGCCCAGCCUACAGUCUGGGCUCUCUUACUGGGGCUUCACCCUGCCAGAGUCCCUGUGUCCAGAGGAAGCUCUCCAGCGGGGACUUGCGGGUGCCUGUCACAAGGGAGCGGAAAAAUAGCAUCACAGAGAUCAGUGACAAUGAGGACGACCUCCUGGAGUACCACCGGCGACAGCGCCAAGAGCGGCUCCGGGAGCAGGAGAUGGAGAGGCUGGAACGCCAGCGCCUGGAGACCAUCCUGAACCUGUGUGCCGAAUACAGCCGGGCUGAUGGGGGACCUGAGGCUGGGGAGCUUCCCAGCAUUGGGGAGGCCACCGCAGCAUUGGCACUGGCAGGCCGGAGGCCCUCACGAGGCCUUGCAGGGGCCUCUGGGCGGAGCAGCGAGGAGCCUGGAGUUGCCACCCAACGCCUAUGGGAGAGUAUGGAGCGCUCAGAUGAGGAAAAUCUCAAGGAGGAGUGCAGCAGCACUGAGAGCACCCAGCAGGAGCAUGAAGAUGCACCUAGCACCAAGCUCCAGGGAGAGGUGCUAGCCCUGGAAGAGGAGCGGGCUCAGGUGCUGGGGCGCGUGGAGCAGCUCAAGGUCCGUGUGAAGGAGCUAGAGCAGCAGCUGCAGGAGUCAUCCCGAGAGGCCGAAAUGGAGCGGGCACUGCUGCAGGGAGAGAGGGAGGCAGAGCGGGCACUGCUGCAGAAGGAGCAGAAGGCAGUGGAUCAGCUGCAGGAGAAGCUGGUGGCCUUGGAGACAGGCAUCCAGAAGGAGAGGGACAAGGAGAGGGCGGAGCUGGCCGCGGGACGGAGGCACCUGGAGGCCCGCCAGGCGCUCUACGCCGAGCUCCAGACGCAGCUCGAUAACUGCCCCGAGUCAGUGCGGGAACAGUUACAGGAGCAGCUGAGAAGGGAGGCAGAGGCCCUGGAGACUGAGACAAAGCUCUUUGAGGACUUGGAGUUCCAGCAGUUGGAGCGGGAGAGCCGCGUGGAGGAGGAGCGUGAGCUGGCCGGCCAGGGGCUGCUCCGGAGCAAGGCUGAGCUGCUCCGCAGCAUCGCCAAGAGGAAGGAGCGCCUGGCCAUCUUGGACAGUCAGGCUGGGCAGAUCCGGGCUCAGGCCGUGCAGGAGUCAGAACAUCUGGCCCGGGACAAGAAUGCCUCCUUACAGCUGCUGCAAAAGGAGAAGGAGAAACUGACUGUGCUGGAAAGGAGAUACCACUCACUCACAGGGGGCAGGCCUUUCCCGAAGACCACAUCGACCCUCAAAGAGGCCGAGCUGCUCAUCUCCGAGUCCUCAGAGAUGGGGCUGGGGACUAAGGCUCUGGGCCUUUUCCCAGGGUCUUCUCAGGCUGGGGCCUCCUCUGUCUCUUUAACCCCGCCUGCUUCCACUCUUCUCUGCCCCAAAGCACAAGAGUACGUGAUGCUUGAGCAGCUAAAGGUGAUGCGGGGCACCUCGCCCAUGCCCCCAGCCCCUGUGCCAGGCCUUUCUCCCUGGGCCUCCGCCUCCCGGGACCUGGUUCCCACCACCUGCCUUCCUCCCAUGCUGCCCUCCUCCUCGUUCGCUUCCAUCACGCCUUCACCUAAGAUGGAGAAGCUGCUGCUCCCUGCUGUAGACUUAGAGCAGUGGUACCAGGAGCUGAUGGCCGGGCUGGGGACUGGCCCCGCUGCAGCCUCCCCUCACUCUUCUCCCCCGCCUCUGCCCGCCAAAGCUUCCCGUCAGCUGCAGGUUUACCGCUCCAAGAUGGAUGGCGAGGCCACCAGCCCCCUUCCCCGGACCCGCAGCGGCCCCCUCCCCUCUUCCUCUGGCUCUUCCUCCUCCUCCUCCCAGCUCAGCGUGGCUACCCUGGGGCGUAGCCCCUCCCCAAAGAGCGCUCUACUCACCCAGAAUGGCACGGGCAGCCUUCCUCGCAACCUGGCAGCCACACUGCAGGACAUCGAGACCAAGCGCCAACUAGCUCUGCAGCAGAAGGUCGAGUCGCUUCCCGCCGAGCCCCUCCCAACCGACGACCCAGCAGGACAACAGGUGAUUGAAGAGCAACGGCGGCGACUGGCUGAGCUGAAGCAGAAAGCGGCAGCUGAGGCACAGUGCCAGUGGGAUGCCCUUCACGGGGCAGCCCCCUUCCCAGCGGGCCCCUCGGGCUUCCCGCCUCUCAUGCACCACUCUAUCCUACACCACCUGCCUGCGGGGCGGGACCGUGGGGAGGAGGGUGAGCACGCCUACGAUACGCUGAGUCUGGAGAGCUCUGACAGCAUGGAGACCAGCAUCUCCACCGGGGGCAACUCGGCCUGCUCCCCUGACAACAUGUCCAGUGCGAGUGGUCUGGACAUGGGGAAGAUCGAGGAGAUGGAGAAGAUGCUGAAAGAGGCUCAUGCAGAGAAGAACCGGCUCAUGGAGUCGAGGGAGCGGGAGAUGGAGCUGCGGCGGCAGGCCCUGGAGGAGGAGCGGCGGAGGCGUGAGCAGGUAGAACGGAGGCUGCAGAGUGAGAGUGCCCGAAGGCAGCAGCUGGUCGAGAAGGAGGUCAAGAUGCGGGAGAAACAAUUUUCCCAGGCACGACCCCUGACUCGCUACCUGCCAAUCCGGAAGGAGGACUUUGACCUGAAGACACAUAUUGAGUCAUCAGGCCAUGGUGUUGAUACCUGCCUGCACGUGGUGCUCAGCAGCAAGGUCUGCCGUGGCUACUUGGUCAAGAUGGGCGGCAAGAUUAAAUCAUGGAAGAAGCGCUGGUUUGUCUUCGACCGGCUCAAGCGCACCCUUUCCUAUUAUGUGGACAAGCAUGAGACGAAGCUGAAGGGAGUCAUCUAUUUCCAGGCCAUUGAGGAAGUGUACUACGACCACCUGCGCAGUGCAGCCAAGAAGAGGUUUUUCCGCUUCACUAUGGUGACUGAGAGCCCGAACCCAGCCCUUACCUUCUGCGUAAAGACCCAUGACCGGCUGUACUACAUGGUGGCACCAUCUGCAGAGGCCAUGCGCAUCUGGAUGGAUGUCAUUGUCACAGGGGCUGAGGGCUACACUCAGUUCAUGAACUAACUGCCGUGGGCCUCCUGGCAGAGCACAACUGGGGCUUUUGUAUAAGAAGACUUUAAUAUUCUGUAAGGAGCUUGGUCCUGUGAGUUUUUGGGCUCUGGCCUCCUGAAGAACCAGCCAGAAGAAGAAAAGUGGAGGUGGCUUUGCUGCCUCCUGGGAGCCCAGAACUUGCAGUAACCCUUUAGGGUCCUGCCCCAGGCCCAGCCAGGGCUGAGGAGCUGUCACAGAGAGGGCCUCAGCUCCGACCUGACACCUGCUCUCCCCAGCCUGUUUUCUCUUUUCUAAAAGACAAAUUAUGGUACCAUAAGCUGCCAAAGAUCCCCUCCUGCCUCAGACCCCUUUGCUAGGGGCUUUGGGGGCUGAGCAGAGCCACAUCCAGAGUGGGGUAAUAGCUCAGGCGGCCCGCUUCCCAUUUCUCAAACCCCGCUCUGCCCCAUUGUUCUCCUUUCCCUUAUACUUCUUCUUACCUUGCUCAAGGGCCAGAGAUCUCAAGUGUCAACCUUGAGGUCCCAGCUCCAUCCCCUAGUUGCAGACCCAUCACCAUGGUUACCAUAGUGACUGCUUCAUUGCCAUGGUUACAUACUAAUUGCUGCAGCUCUGUGGCCCAGCCCACUGCUUCAGCUGUGGGCCAUCUAAGGGUACGUGCCAUCAUCUCUCCAGCCCAGGCCCCUGGGCAUCUCAUGCUGGGGGGAAGGGACUGAACACCUUUUUCCUGCCCCCUGCCUGUGUCUUCAGCCCUGAUGCACAGGCUGCCAGCCCCCCAGUCCAGCCCUCUCCCUUCCACUGGUGCCUUGCUUAGAGCCAGAAGGGAUGAAGCCGGGGGAUCUAUGGAACAGAGGAGGAGCGAUGCAGUUGGGAGAGGAAGCUAGAAGGGUUAUGGUUGGAGUUCUGUACAGGGCUAAGUUUCCGACAGGGAAAGAGGAUUCCUCCAAUGCUCCUAGAGGGAAAGCCUGAGCAGGAGAUGAUGCAGCAGAGGGGAAGGGCCCUGUGGUGCCGCCAUCCUUCCUUCAGCCUCCGAAAGGCGAUGGAAAUGGAGAGUGGAGGACCAGGCCUCCAGCUGUCUGGCCUCACUCUUCAUGCCUUAACACUAAGCCCACCUCCCCUGCUCUCCUUACCAGCAUUGAGCCCUUGGUUGCCUGGGCCCAGGCUGGGGGUUUUCAGUAUUUGUAAGCAUUUCAGCAGAACAAUAAAGCCUUUGGACUACG